AUGCAAAGCUAUAAGGGGAGCUUUCAUCCUUAUUGUGACUUAUUACGAAAACCAAACCAAUUGUUAAACGAUUUGGAUGCAGAAGAAACAAAAGAAAUACUAUAUCUUUGGAAUUUUAUUCACCAACAACGAGAUAUUUUAGAUAUUGAGAAUGCACCAAAAAUGAAUGAAGAUUCAGAUGAGACAGAAGACGAAAAUGAAGUUAUAAAAAAAGAAGAUAAAAAACGAUUACAUUUAGAUACAACAUUUAAAUCUGUGAUGGUAUAUGUUUAUCAUUCAUCAUUUAACUAUAAUUCAUUAGCUAUAAGAUUAUGUUCAUUAAUGUUUUAUCACUAUUUUAGUUGUUCACAAGAAUGUUCAUUAGAAUAUCCUGUACAAGUGAUGCAAACAAUUCCUGUAAAUCGAUACACUAUUCCAUUAAUUUUUUAUUUAACAACGUCAAACAAUGACUUCCUUCAAUAUAAUGAAAUAGGCGAUAUUCCUCAUUUAUUAUUGUUUAAAAAUAUUAACAUAUUAAUUAAAGAUUAUUUAAUUUCUCCUUUAGGACAACAAACAUCAAAAAAAACUCCUGGCUCAAUUUAUAUGAGAACAAGAGUAUUAGGUUCUGAUCAUAAAGGAUUUGUAUAUUAUUUAUUAAAUGGAUUCUUAAUCUCUAAUGCUAAUGGAAAAUGGUUUAUCUUUCAUUCUUCUGGUCAAAUAGAUGAUUUUGUUGAAACCUUAAAUAAAGACCAACCAGACGUUGACUUAUCUACUCAAAUCAAUAACUUUAGAAAAUAUAUUAAAACUGAUAGAAAAGUUGCACAAGAAUUUGCAGUAUCUAAAAAAGGAAUAACACCAUCAAAAAGAAUAAAUCAACUUGAUUCAUUCAAACAAAUUAAUAAAGUAGAUGUUGUAACUAAUCAAAAUAUACAACAACCUAUGGAAGAGAUAUUUGAAAAUAAACAUUCUGAAGAUAGACCUGAAGUUGAAGAUGAAAAUAAAACUGAUUCAGGAGAACAAGAAAUGUCAUAUUCAGAAGAAAAUGAUAACCAAAAAGGAACAAAGAAAUAUAAUAAAAAUAAUGAAUCCAUUCAAUCAAGUGAUAGUUUAAUUUCAGAAGGUAAUAGUGUAAAUGAAGAGUCAAGUUCUGAACAAGAAGGUGAAAGUAAAGAAAUUAUAAAUCCCCUAAGUUCAGGUCUUCUUUCAAAGAAUAAACCAAAAAAACGAGCUAAAAUAAGAAUAGGAAAAGAAAAAUUAAAUAAGAAAAAAAAAGAAGUUUUUGAGAAGGCAUAUUUAACUGAAAUACAAACAAUUAAUCAAAGUGAAUUAAAUGAAAUGAUUGAUCAAUACUCUGAGCAACUGGCAUUACUUCCUUUACUAAACUCUAAAAAUUAUAAACAAAUAAUACACCAAGUAAUAAGCAUUAUAUCUACCCUAGUAAGUAUUCUACCAAAUAAAUAUUUUAGAAGAGAAUAUAUAUUUGUAAGAGACUUUAUAACUGGACUAUCAACCAAAACUUCAUCACUAUCUUUCUUAACUGUAACAGCAACAUUAUUAGAAAAAGCAAUCAUCAAAUGUAAUUGA